AGUGUCCGGCACUGCGCUGGGACUGGGACUGAACGACCGGUACAAGAAGCUGAGUGGGGAGAGAAGAUGCCGGCACCCUAGCAACUGCCCCCCCUAGCAACUGUCCCCCUAGCAACUGUCCCCCUAGCAACUGCCCUUCCUACCCGAGUCUGCUGCUCACUGACAGCUAGGGCCGCUAAUCCAAAUGGAUGCGCUGGAGCGGGUUCUGACUGAGGAUGAGGAGAAUCUCCUGUGCUACAGCGUCGCUGAACUGGAGAGCUUCGUGCAGCUUCUCUCGGAUAAAGUGAAGGCCGACAAGGAGGUUCUGGAACAAAUGAAGGCCGAGGUGCUGGAUCUGGAAGCCGAGACAGCGGAGAGGGGCGCAGAGAGAGAGCUCUAUGCUUCCAUGGUGGCACAGGCGGCCGGGGUGAGCGAUGCCCUCACAGAGGAAGCCCAGACGCUGGCACAGCUACGCUCUGUGUCCCAAGAGCUGACAAACCAAACGGCUGAUUCUGAUGGGAACGCCAGUGUGCGCAGAGAUGCUCGGUGUGACCAGCAGAAGCCUGAAGUAGACGCAGAGUUGGCCAUCGCCUCUUAUCAACACAAGGAAAAGCUGCUCCUGCAGGAGAGAGACCAACUGCAAAGCCAACUGCAAGAUACAAAGGCAGCUCUGGCCGAGGCUCAGCUCCAGCAGCAAAAUGUGGAUAGAGAGCUGUUGGCGCUACAGCCGGACCCGCCCCCAGAGAGAAGCGACGCAGACCAGCUGCUAGACGAAUGCAUUAAAGAGAUGGGCCUAUUGCAGGUUCUGCCGGACACAAAGCCAAAAAGGAAAUGAGCAUCGGAGCAGCCAAUCGCUCGCUUUGAUACCCAGAGAGACAUUUGGGAGGAAGUUAAGAAUAUAAAUUACAUUUCGGAGCUUGAUUUCAGAACCGCACAUUUAUAUGAUAUAUUUUUUUACUUUUGCUUAAACCCCUUUUUUUUUUAUAUAUGUUUUUCUACUGAAAAUGAGAAAAUAAUUUUAUUUUUGCAGAUUUUGCUUUUGUCUGUGAUAAUUUUAUUGUUUUGAGUUUAUUUGCACUGCCCUAAUCUACCUGCAGGGGGCGAGGUACGCCUUUCAAUUGCACUGAUGCUUUAAAAUAAACAGGAGUUGUUUUGUUUUUAA